AUGCCUCGUGCCACCAAGGCAGCAGCACCACCUGCCGCACCCGGGUUACCUGCUCGCACCUUCGUUCUCGACAACGGUGGGCACUCUUUGAAAGCCGGCUUCGCGCCUGAAGACCCCGAGCCCGACGCUGACAGCGUUGCAAGAUGUCACAUAACACCAAAUGCACUUGUUCGGACUCGUGACCGCAAGACGCAUAUCGGCACUCAAAUCGAUUCAGAUAUCAGUCAAUGGAGCGAAGCAAUCUAUCGCAGACCGGUUGAACAUGGCCAACUUGUGAGCUGGGAAGUCCAGAAAGAGAUCUGGGAUCAUUCCUUCUUCGACAAGAAGACUGCUUCAAGAGAUGUUCUGGUCGUCGAGCCCUCUGAGACCACACUCAUUUUCGGCGAGAAUCCGAAUGUGCUACCGGCGCUGCAGAAGAACGCUGAUGAGGUUAUCAUGGAAGAGUGGGGAUUCGGAGGAUACAUGAGGAAGAAUGCACAAUCUAUGAACGCGUACAGCGACCUCCAUCCACUGUUCGAGGGACAAGCAGCUCGUAGCGCAAGCAGCCUGGCACAGUUGCCCAUGGAGUGUCUGCUCGUGAUAGACAGUGGAUAUUCACACACUGUGGUCACGCCAGUCUUCGAAGGGAGACCGCUACAGAGAGCCAUUCGACGUUUGGAUUUUGGAGGCAAGCAUCUCACAAACCUAAUGAAGGAAGCCAUUUCUAUCCGCCAUUUCGAUCUGCACCAGGAUACCAAGAUCGUAAACGACAUCAAGGAAGAUAUCUGUUUCGUCAGCAACGAUAUGACCAGCGAUAUGGAGAAGACGUGGAAAGGCAAUAAAGGGCGACAGAAGAAAGUAUUGACGGACGACGACCACAUGGAGAUUGAAGGAGCGGCCAGCAACGAGAUCCGCGUCGACUACGUCCUGCCGGAUGGCAUUCAUCUUCUCCGAGGCUUCUCCAGGCCACACGACCCCUCAGCCGCCGCAGCAAGAAAGCGGAAGCUCAAUGCUGUAGCUCCCAACGCAGAGGUGUCGAUGGUACUCGGCAACGAGCGCUUCACCAUUCCGGAAGUCAUUUUCCAUCCUUCCGACAUUGGCUCAAAGCAACCAGGUCUCGGAGACUUGGUCAUGCAAUCGAUAGCGGUCCUGCCCCCUCUAGUCCAGGCUACCAUGCUGUCAAAUGUCCUCGUCAUUGGCGGCAAUGCCAAUAUUCCCGGCUUCGUUGAAAGAGUCGACGCCGAGCUUCGGAUGCGCGUCAAAAUGGAUUGGGCUGUACGCGUACGAAAAUCUUCAAAUCCAGUCACAAGCUCCUGGUUGGGAGGAACCAGGCUUGCUAGUAGCCACAAAGACGUUGUUCGCGAGUAUGGCGUCACGAGAGAAGAAUAUUUGGAGCAUGGGAGUGGGUGGAUGGCCCGUCGUUUCUUGUCAGGGCCGACAUAG